GAAUUUGAUCCUCAUGCGCUGGAGAUGGAUGGAGAUGUUAUUCUUGGAGGGCUCUUUCCUCUGCAUUACAUAGCUCCGAAACCUGAUUAUGUUUUUAACGACCGACCACAGGUUCAGAGGUGUAGUGGGUUUGACCUGAGGGCUUUCCGCUGGGUCCAGACUAUGGUGUUUGCCAUUGAGGAGAUAAACAGAAACCCCAUGCUUUUACCAGGUGUGAAAUUGGGUUAUCGGAUACUGGACAGCUGUGAUCACGUUCAUACUAGUCUACAGAGUGCCUUCUCUCUGGUCAAUGGAUCUUCUCUCUCACAGACAGAGGACUCUGUAGCCAAAAAUCUUUCCUGCCUCUCUAAAGCGCCUGUUCCUGCAAUCAUAGGAUUGGCAUCAUCUACCCCAACCCGAGCUGUAGCCAACACAUUUGGGCCUUUUGAGAUCCCCAUGAUUAGCUACUUUGCGACCUGCACAUGUCUGAACGAUAAGAAGGUGUACCCAUCCUUCCUCCGCACUGUUCCCAGCGAUGUUUUCCAGGUGCAGGCUCUGGUGCAGUUGAUGGCCCAUUUUGGCUGGCGGUGGGUGGGUACAAUUGGUACAGAGGAUGACUAUAGCCGCUACGGAAUCCAAGCCUUUACUGAGCAGUUUGAAAAAUGGGGUGGUUGUGUGGCUUUUCACCGCACAAUCCCCAAAGUGCCCACUCCAAAACAGAUCAGUGCCAUUACUGAUGCACUGGAGGCCUCUACAGCAAGAGUGAUUGUGGUAUUUGCCACAGAAGGCCAACUUUUGGAGCUGCUAUCAGAGGUGGCACAGAGAAAUCUGACAGGCUGGCAGUGGGUGGCCAGUGAAGCCUGGGUAACUGCCAGUAUUCUUACAGCCCCAGUGUUUCAGCAUGUGUUAACUGGAACUUUGGGUUUUUCCUUUAGAGGUGCAAAUAUUUCAGGGCUGUAUGAGUUUCUUAUGAGAGUACAGCCCUCGGAUAACUUAAGAUCAUUCUUCACUAACAUGUUUUGGGAGGAACAGUUUAAUUGCCGGCUGGAUUAUUUCAGUAGUGAGGGGAUAGACAGACCACUCUGUUCUGGUUUGGAGAAUCUAACACAAGUUAAAAGCAGUUACACAAUCGUGACUCCAGUGCGCGUUUCCUAUAAUGUGUAUAAAGCGGUAUAUGCCAUUUCUCAUGCACUACACCACCUACUACUGUGCACAUCUAUAGCACAGGACUCAAACGAGAGAAGCUGUAACACUGGGGCAGAAUUCACACCUGGGCAGUUGCUUGAUCAUCUGAGGAGAGUGAACUUUACAAACCAGUUUGGAGAAAAGGUGUAUUUUGAUGAAAAUGGUGAGCCAGUACCGCUCUACGACAUCAUAAACUGGCAGAAAGAUGGGAGAGGUGGAAUCAGGUUUCAAAAAGUGGGCAGCUAUGAUGGGUCAGCGCCCCUUUGGCAGCAGCUCAAGAUGGACAUGGAGUUGAUAAAGUUCACAGGAGGGCAGAGCCAGGUGCCAUUGUCUCUAUGCACAGCCCCUUGUCCUCCUGGGACUCGACAGGCCACACGACCAGGCCAACCUAUUUGCUGUUUUGAUUGUCUGCCUUGCACUGAGGGAGAGUUCACCAAUACAUCAGGAGCCACAGAAUGCACCCGGUGUCCUCUGUACUACUGGUCCAAUGCUGAGCGUGUGGCAUGUGUGGCAGGCAUAGAAGAAUUCCUUUCCUUUCAGGAGAUCAUGGGUAUCACCCUUGUUAUCUUGUCACUCCUGGGAGUUGCUGCAGCCACUGCUGUUUCCGUAAUCUUCUUCCUCUUCAGAUCUACACCGAUAGUCAAAGCCAAUAAUUCCGAGCUCAGUUUCCUGCUUUUACUGUCACUGAAACUCUGCUUUCUUUGUUCGCUGGUUUUUCUGGGCCGGCCUUCAAUGUGGUCCUGUCAGGCCCGUCAGGCAGCGUUUGGCAUCAGUUUUGUUCUUUGCAUUUCCUGCAUUCUGGUCAAAACCAUCGUGGUGCUGCUGGCUUUUCACUCCACCAUGCCUGGCUCCAUUUCCCUCAAACGAUUCGGCCCUCCACAGCAAAGAGCAUUUAUUGUCAGUUGCACUGCAGGCCAAGCCAUACUGUGUAUUAGUUGGUUGGCAUUAGCACCCCCUUACCCUUUUAAGAACACAUCUUACCAAGGUGGAAGGAUCAUACUCGAGUGCAAAGAUGUCUGGCCUUUGGGAUUCUAUUUGGUGCUUGGUUAUAUUGGUCUCCUCUCCUGUGUGUGUUUCAUUCUGGCUUUUCUGGGGCGGAAACUUCCAGGCACAUUUAACGAAGCCAAGUUAAUCACGUUCAGUAUGCUGAUAUUUUUUGCCGUUUGGAUCUCAUUCAUACCUGCAUACAACAGCACUCCAGGGAAAUACACAGUAGCAGUAGAGAUAUUUGCCAUUCUGGCCUCCACUUUUGGCUUGCUUUUCUGUAUCUUUGCUCCUAAAUGUUACAUUAUUUUGCUGAGGCCUGAACUUAAUACCAAAAAAGGAUUGACUGGAAAAUCCACAAAAUGA